UCAUGAAUGGGAUAACCCCUCCAGCCCAUUGGAUUCUUUGGCUCGAUAUUCCUUACAAAGAUAAUAUAGCCAUUCUAGAAAUGUCAUUCCAUAGUCCAUUAAUCAUAUCAGCUCUCACGCAUUCCAAUCUCGAUUCGCCACCAGGACCCUAUACAUCAAUAUCAGCAAUUUAUCAGCUGAAAGUGGCCGAAUAGCUUCUUGACCUCCACAUCAAGUUGACCAUCGCUUCUUCAUUCUUCUUGCCACUCGAUCCAUUAGCGCGGAGAUUUCUUCCACGAUUUGCCCAGCUGUUUGAUCACAAGUCCAUACGAGCACUGACUCUCUUUCCUCAAAUCUUCGUCAUCUUCUUUGAAUUUAAUUGGCCCCCGCAUUGAUGAACAUCUUUUGCAUUAAAAGGCAAGUACACUCACAGAUCAUGACGGCAAUCGCAAUUGCACACCUCGUGCUCCUUACCCGAGCAUACGCUUGAAUCAUAUGAAUGAGGCUCUAGAUUAUUUCGUCUAGCCGUGGACAAGAUCGAUUUUAGCCAACUCUCUUACUGAAAAGAUGAACUGCGUGUCAUCAACUAAUUCCUUCAACAAGUGAGAGACGCGCUUCAUGGCAGGCUGAAGACAGGAAGCUCUGUCUGAAUCGAAUUUUGAGUGGACCGGAAUCCAAGAUGGCUGUUAAGGGGUCUCUGAAGGAGAGCAACCAAAUGUCAUUAGCGUUCGAGAAACAAGCAUAUGAUAAGAAAGUGGGGGAAGGUGGACGCAUCGGUUGCACCAUUGUGACGGGGUUUUUGGGAUGCGGGAAGACUACUCUAGUUCAGCAUAUCCUGAAAAAUCGCGAAAGUUUGCAAAUUGCCGUGUUGGUGAACGAAUUUGCCGACAUAGAUGUCGAUUCUGCUCUGCUGGAUUCAUCCCGGAUUAAUUCCAGUCACGGCUUGUCUUAUGUCUCUCUGGCUGAUGGAUGUGCAUGCUGUCGAUCUAGCGGAAGUUUGAAGGAAGCUGUGCGCAGGACAGUCAAUGGCCAGCACAACUUUGACUAUGUCGUCAUCGAGACAUCUGGUUUGGCGAAUCCAACUGCAAUGGCCAAGGAGUUGGAGGAAACAGGUGUUCGUCUGGAUAUGGUCGUCGCAGUUGUUGAUGUCGAGAAUCUCGACAUCAUUUUACAAACACCUGUGGCAAGGCAGCAACUUGAAAUAGCAGAUAUUGUUCUUCUCAACAAAUGUGACCUGGUUUCAUUGCGAAUAAUUUCAGAUGCUGAAGAUCGUGUAGAAGAGGCCACUGGGGGAACUAAGGCAGUGCGCUGCCGAUUUUCAAACGUUCCUCUUGACCUGAUUUUGAAUGUUACAGUAUCAAAGCCAACUCCAACCCUGGCAAGCAGCUUUGCAAACUCUGCAGUUGGCUUUGUUUCUCAUGAGGCCAUGACACCAACCUCACGCCCUUUGCUCAAGAAUGCCUCCGUAUCAAGACAAUUACCGAAGGUCUUGUCAUCUCCAAUCUCAUCACAUCAUGAACAUGAUGCGCGAAUUUCUUCUGUUAGCUUCUCCAGGGACGAACCAUUUUCAUUGGCAGCAUUUCAAGACUUCGUAGCCUCUCGGCUGCGCUCAUGCAGUGGUGUUCUAAGAGCUAAAGGUGUAGUUUGGUUUCAGGAAAGCAGAUCCACACGACACAUCUUUCACUAUAGUGGUAAGAAAAGAUCAGAAGCCAUUUACGGUGGUUCGUGGGAAAGCCAACCAAAUAUCGAGCUUGUAUUCAUCGGCCGAGACAGAAGAGAGCUUGAGGAGUUGAAGAGAGAACUUCUGAACUUACUGGCAAGUAGAAUGCAAACGAGCAUCGAAUUUCUAGAAGACAGAGCAUCUGCUAUUGAUGAGUUUGCAGCUCUCGCCUCUUCAGACGUCAGAUUCAAGGUGCAUGAGAUAUCUAGUGUAAGGAACAAUAAUCCGGAGGUAGAGUUCCAUUCGGUGGUAAAGUUUGGUCUCGUGGGAUCUGCUUUGAAAGGUGUUCACGAGGGAGAUCUCAAUGCAGCUCUCAUGCAGGCUGUAAAUGCCAGAGGUAUCGUGUUUCUUACUGCAGGCAGCUCGCCAAAGUCAGGUCAUUGGUUGCAGUUAACAUUUGGGGGUGAUUUGACCCCUGAUGGAGCAUGGUGUGAAAUUAAGAGUGCUGCCGUAUCAGUAAUAUCGAAAGCGUUUCAAGGUGUUUGUCAAUGCAGGUGCGACGUCGUAGCUCACAUGCAUUAACGACUCAAGUUUAUGGUAUUUGCAUUUUAAAACUGGAAUGAUACGUUCCGCAUGUGCACAUAUACGCAGAAACUUAUUCGAGAUGUUGAAACUUCUGGAAGAUAUAUUACAUUGCAUUGUACCAAAAUUGGGUUAUAAAUAAUUCGAUUCCUCAUGUUUUUGUGGAUGUUGCUCUCAAUCGGUAAAGCCUUUGUAUUGA